AUGGAAGCUGAACUCACAACUCUUGAGGAAAAUGGAAAUUGGACUAUCACUGACUUGCCUUCUGGUAAGCAACCAGUAGGAUGGUUCUUAAAUGAGGAGUUUAAAAUCAAAAAUUUGGAGCAAUUGAAGUACGUCCUGGGAAUCGAAGUAGCAUGGUGUAAAAGAGGUAUUUCCUUGUCACAAAGGCAGUAUGCUCUUGAAAUCUUAGAAGAAGUUGGUUACUUGGGGUGUAAACGAGCUGACUUUUCCAUGGAGACAAAUCUGAAAUUGCAUAAUACUGAUGAAGAUCUGCUCACUGACCCUACAAGCCAUAGAAGAUUGAUUGGAAAACUUCUAUAUUUAACUACAACACGGCCUGACAUUUUUUAUUUUGUUGGUAAGCUUAGUCAGUUCAUGAAUAAGCCAGCAAAAGCACACAUAAAUGCUACUUACAGAGUGCUAAGGUAUAUCAAGCAAAAUCAAGGACAAGGGUUGUAUUUUCCUGUUGAUUCAGAAUUGCACAUCAAAGAUUUUUGUGAUUCAGAUUGGGGAGGUUGUAAGGACACCAGAAAUUCAAUAACAAGGUACUAUAUGCUCUUCGGUCAUAGUUUGGUAUCCUGGAAGUCAAAGAAACACUCCAUGGUUUCCAGAUCUUCAACUGAAGCAGAGUACAGAGCUCUUGCUUCAGCAACCUAUGAGGUUUUGUGGUUAAAAUACUUGCUUGCUGACAUGAAAAUUGAUCAUUCAGUACCAGCUUUGCUCUUCUGUGACAAUCAAUCAGCCUUACACAUUGCAGAGAAUCUUGUAUUUCAUGAACGUACUAAACACACAGAAAUUGACUGCUAUGUUGUGCGAGAAAAGCUACAAGUAGGAGUCACCAAGACAAUUCAUAUUUCCUCAGAUCAGCAAGCAGCAGACAUUCUCACAAAGUCUUUUGGAAAAUUACAGUUUCAUAAUCUGUUGCGCAAGAUGAAUAUGAUCGAUAUAUAUUCAUCUUGA